CCCAAAGAAAAUUCUAGACAUUCCACAAUUUUUUGAUUUGUCAAUAUAAGUGUCAAAAAUUCAAAAAUCAAAAUUAAUGUUUAUUUUUGCAGUGCGGCGAAUUAGUUAUUUGAGUUCGAAAUAUUUAUCAGACAUACCAGCAGUUACAAAUUCAUAUCCAUUGAAUAAGCCUUUGCAAAUCAGGAACCUAACUUCAUCAAAGAUGUCGAAAACUGCUUUGGUCAUUCUGGCUCAGGGUGCUGAAGAAAUGGAGACAGUUAUCACAGUUGAUAUGCUCAGACGAGGGGGUGUAACAGUAACGCUAGCUGGUUUAGACGGCGCGUCCCCAGUGUUGUGCUCUCGGCAAGUCACAUUGGUACCAGAUAAAUCCCUUGCCGAUGCGUUGGCUGAAUCACCACAGUUUGAUGCCGUAAUUCUGCCCGGCGGUCUGGAAGGGUCUGAUCGACUCUCGAAGUCUGACGUUGUCGGCAGUCUGUUGAAGGAACACGAAAAGUCUGGCAAAAUUGUAGCUGCUAUUUGCGCUGCACCUACCGCAUUCGUAGCUCACGGUGUAGCCAAAGGCAAGAAUAUAACUUCAUACCCAACGACAAAGGAUAAAAUUACAAGUGAUUAUACGUAUGUGGAGGGAGAUAGGGUGGUUGUGGAUGGCAACAUUGUGACUAGUAGGGGUCCAGGUACUGCCUACUGGUUUGGUCUAACACUAAUCGAACUUCUGACUGGAAAAGAAAAAGCGGCACAAGUUGAAAAAGGCAUGAUUAUCUCUGGAUAUUAAUCGCAUCAAAUACGCUCUAGUAAUUUUUGCUGUAAGCAAAAGUGGAAAUAUUUCUUAACUGUU